AUGGCUAUACGGAAAGCAGCUGCGUCGCUGCUAUCUCUUCGCUCCGCACGCGGAGGUCCCUACUUCCCUCAUGCGCUCAGAGGAGGAGUUGUGGUGACACGGCACAGCUCCGCCUAUUAUCUCACCACCACUGGUGGUACCUCAGAAGCAGGACGCAGCAACGUCGCGAAGAGCAACAGCAACGACCGCAUACUCUCCGUCUUCACCUUGGGAUCUUCCCAAGCCUCCGGUUUCCGCACUUACUUCACCAACCAUCCAUCCAUCCAACCUUACAGAGCUAAGAGCAACAUGAUUACCCAGGAGUUUCGAGAGAAGGAGCGGGAGCAGGCGGCUCUAGCCAAGCAGUAUGGGGUUGCAGCAGACGUUGGCUCAGACAGCACUGCUGGUAGGGAGGCCCGGGCUCCUGACAAAGACGGUGGUAACGCUGAUGACAGUGCAGCUGCUGGUAACACUGCAAGUUCCCAAUCCUCGGCAGCCAGGAGGCUCGGGCUCGACCUGCCUCAGUCCGGUGUGGGCCCAAGCCAGGAGAAUGUGGCUCGGGCAAAGGAGGUCCGGGAGAUUGCGAAGCACCCCCCGGAUGCUGGUGCAGCUGGGGAGGGGGCUAGCCCUGGGGCUGGUCUGGGCCCAGGGAUAGUGGACGUGGCACAUGGUACUGGUACUAAGGAGGAUUCUUAG